AUGGCCGUCAGAGAGAAAGGAGCGGUCGUAGAUGUUCUUGAUAAACGGAUAUCAGACCUAGAAAGACGUAUUCUGACCAGCGAAGAAGAUGUCCUUGGUCUUAAGGGUUCAUCGGUAAUUCCUUUGAUAGAUUUAAUGUCAAUCAACCCUCUUGCAGAGAGGCAAUAUAUGUCUCCUCAAGUUCUGUGUAGUUUAACUGUUUUGGGCAUUGAUAAGCAUCUCAAGAUUGUAAAGUGUACGGAUUUUAAAAUUAUCAGCUUAAUAAGUCACAUGUUUUUGUUUUAGUGCUUAGGAACCUUGAACAAUGUACAGAAAAAUCUUGAUAAAAUCGGCACCAAAUACAAAAGAAUUGCAGCAGUCUGGAAGAACGGUAUAUAUAUGAAAUAAAUAUUUUAAUUUAAGCUUACCUUUGUUAUUUUUUAGCAACACGUUUUUAUUUUAUUUUAAUUGUUUCUGAAGAUAUUGAUUCGUUUUUCUUGGAAGUAGUUUUUAGGGGAAGGUUUUAAAAAGUUAAGGGAUAAACGAGUUUUGUAUGGUCCAAAUGCCUUGAAGUCCUUGAAAUUGCAUACUAGGCUUGAAAGUGCUUGAAGAUGAGAAAUUAAGACAACUCAGUAAACCCAAAACUUGGAAGACAUUAUGCACAGAGCAUUCAUUUAGCUGUUGUGUCUGAAACAAUUUAUAAACAGAUGCACAGCAGACUAACCAGUCCCAAAUUGACGUUAUUAAUUUUGGUUUAUGUUUUCAGUGAAAGAGCUGGAAACAUUUCUUUCACCUGAGUUCAUGGAAAAAGCUUCUCUUUCGGAUGAUGCCAAAGCUGAUAUCAUUGUUGCAGGUUAGCAGAAAUUAGACAAUAAUAUUGAUAAUGAUAAUGAUAGUAGUUUCUCAGGAUUGCCGUGAGGGCAAGCAUGUUACAUUCAAGCAAAUAGAGCAAACGCGUAAGAGAAGAUAAAAAGAGAAGGAAAGACUGUAAUCUCUUUUGUCACUGAUGCACUCAAAUUCUUUGUAGUUCCAUCAAUUGGAUUGGUUCAUAAAUAAUGGCAUGCUAUUAACACACUGUCAUACAAGUUUGAAUUCUACUUAUUGUCACCUGAACUAUGGUCAAAUGUAACAAGAAAUUCCUAUCCCCAUGAUAAGAUUGCAAAUAACAAAAUAGUUAACUUUACAUGUGCUCUUAGCAAUGUACAACUGCCUAUGUACAUCAUCUAACUGAUUCAUUAAAAAACAUGAAUUACAAAGAGCAUGUAAUUCUUGCGCAACCAAAUUUGAAUGUUGCUUGGGCAAACUGUGAUUCCUUAUUUUUUUUAUUUUAAGCCCUGAUAGUUAAAAACUCUAUCCAAAAAAAUGUUUUUUUAGCAAUCAGCCAGUGUAACAGUAAAAAUCAUGAUAGUUAUAUAAAAGACUUUGCAAUUUAUUCUUAGGUGAAAGCCAACUGAGAUCCUGUGCUGAGCAGCUUAGACAAGUUGAAGAUUUGAAAAAAGUGGUUACAACAGAGCCCCUCAAAGGUUUGUGAUAGUACUGUUCAACAUCUCUUUGCCUGAAAAAAUUGGUUCUAAUCUGACUUCAUUAUAAGUAGAUUAUGGUCGUGAUAACUGGUUUAUAUACUGGUGUGUAACAGUUUUUGUUGUGCUUAAACCGCCUCUUAUUACUACUUUGCCUAAGGAACUAUCUCCUUUAAUUAACGUGCAAUAGAAUUGCUUUUUUCUCCUUGCAAGGGAAUCAUCUUGGAUAGAUGUCCUUGUAAGAAAAAACCACAUUUCUUCUGUUGCCUAGCCUGCGUCACAAACCAAACUAAGGUUAAGUCUUUUUGUGAAACUAUGCUAAAAUCUUNCGUGAGGGCAAGCAUGUUACAUUCAAGCAAAUAGAGCAAACGCGUAAGAGAAGAUAAAAAGAGAAGGAAAGACUGUAAUCUCUUUUGUCACUGAUGCACUCAAAUUCUUUGUAGUUCCAUCAAUUGGAUUGGUUCAUAAAUAAUGGCAUGCUAUUAACACACUGUCAUACAAGUUUGAAUUCUACUUAUUGUCACCUGAACUAUGGUCAAAUGUAACAAGAAAUUCCUAUCCCCAUGAUAAGAUUGCAAAUAACAAAAUAGUUAACUUUACAUGUGCUCUUAGCAAUGUACAACUGCCUAUGUACAUCAUCUAACUGAUUCAUUAAAAAACAUGAAUUACAAAGAGCAUGUAAUUCUUGCGCAACCAAAUUUGAAUGUUGCUUGGGCAAACUGUGAUUCCUUAUUUUUUUUAUUUUAAGCCCUGAUAGUUAAAAACUCUAUCCAAAAAAAUGUUUUUUUAGCAAUCAGCCAGUGUAACAGUAAAAAUCAUGAUAGUUAUAUAAAAGACUUUGCAAUUUAUUCUUAGGUGAAAGCCAACUGAGAUCCUGUGCUGAGCAGCUUAGACAAGUUGAAGAUUUGAAAAAAGUGGUUACAACAGAGCCCCUCAAAGGUUUGUGAUAGUACUGUUCAACAUCUCUUUGCCUGAAAAAAUUGGUUCUAAUCUGACUUCAUUAUAAGUAGAUUAUGGUCGUGAUAACUGGUUUAUAUACUGGUGUGUAACAGUUUUUGUUGUGCUUAAACCGCCUCUUAUUACUACUUUGCCUAAGGAACUAUCUCCUUUAAUUAACGUGCAAUAGAAUUGCUUUUUUCUCCUUGCAAGGGAAUCAUCUUGGAUAGAUGUCCUUGUAAGAAAAAACCACAUUUCUUCUGUUGCCUAGCCUGCGUCACAAACCAAACUAAGGUUAAGUCUUUUUGUGAAACUAUGCUAAAAUCUUUGUUCUGGGCCUCCACUUGUGUACCAGGGUUUGAGUAUGCACCAUGAUUGGUGUGUUCAAAAAUCCAUUGUCAAUUUGCCAAUCAGGUUGAAAGGAAAUUUGAAUUGCUCUUCCACUAAUUUGUUCAGUCCGUUGGGGUCCCUUAACAAGAAUAUCAACACUGCUUUGCAGACGUUACUAACAUGGUUUAGAUUACGUCUGUAUCACAGGCUGCUACUGUUACAUUACUUUCAUGUAAUCCAUUCAUACAUACACAGGUCAUACCCACUCAUAACAUGUCACAAGUUUGGUUGAAUGUGAAGUCAUUAAAAAUCAGAAAUUCAAACUUUUGACUCAAAUGAAGAUUGCAUAGGGGUUUACGAAACCUUAGUCACUAUCACCUACAGAACAUUCAGAACUACACUCACCUGGAUGAUCAUAUUCCACCCACUUAUCCAUUUUCAUUUUGUAUGUCAUCAUUACUUUCUCAUAUGUAACAUUAACAUUGUUGAGCAUUUUGUUCAAAAGCCUUGAAUCAAAAUAAAUGUAUUUUAUGUACCUGUUUUGUGUUGCUUUGCUACUAGAUUUACCAACUUGGUCUGCCAAACUUCAACCACUGGUAGAAAUUCAUAUCCAGCAAAAGGUAGGGCUGUCACGGAGCCUCUUUUAGAUCAUGAAAGAAAAUGUUAUAAAGUGUUGAAUGUCAUUUGGACAACCCAUUUUGUUGGAAAUCUUAGGUGCAACCAUUAAAUAAUUAACGUUGUGGGAGAAGGACUCACUACAAAGGAUAUCUAAACUAAAAAGUAGAAAAAUAAAGCCAUAGACAGACAGACAGCCAUAAUAACUGCCACAGAAGUUACACGAACGGGAUAUUUCAAAAAAUACACAUGUUGAGAUCAAUUGAUCGAUCUUUGUGUCCUACUGGAUUCAUGCCAUGAAUUAUUUUACAUCUUUGGGGAUUUCUAUGCGUCAGGUAACAAAAUCACUGCACUCUUGGGACUCAAAGAAUUAAAAUAAGUUUUAUUUGAAAUGCAUGUAAAUGCAAAGUAUUGCUUUUUCUUUGUUUCCUCAUAGGAGGAAUUCACUGCAGGCAGUGAGAGACUCCAUAAUCUGCUUUCAACCUACAACAAUAUAGUAUCCUUUUUAAUAGGCUUUACUGUUGUUAUUUUUCCCAGUUGUUGGUUGGUAGACGUAACAAAGUUUGUGUGGAACAAUAUUGUAUGUGACUCAAAUUAUCUUAUUUCAAAUUCUCCCUUUAAUUCAUAAGUAUAUAUAUUUGGGAAAUGAAAGGAGAUUUUAGCGUGUAAUCAGAACUGCUUCUCUGAGUGUUCAGAAAAGGCAAGAGACAGUUUCAUGGGCAUGAUCUUUCCAACUUUAGGAAAGUCUGUGUGAGGUGGAGAUAUAAGUGUUUGGUGCAUGUCAAUCUCUCCCUCUCUACAGUAUUUUUAAGAUCUUGAUAAUGCAUGCUUUAUUUUCUUUGGUCAAUGGAAGAUUUCGAACCACUGUCAUUGGGGAAAUGUAAAUUUAACCAAUAAAGUUCCUUUAAUUUAAUAUUGAUGUUUUUGGUUACACAAAAACUAUUUUGUCUCAGGUGCAAACAAGGUUACAAAAACCGAAAAAAAUGGUGCUACCAAAAUUUUCAAAUUGUUUACAAACACUAAAUUUCAUUUUUUGUUGUAGUGCAAACAGGGCAUGCUUCUUUAGGUUCCAGAUGUGUAGAUUUUCUUGUUUGAAUCCAAUUGUAGCUUGCAAUAGUGUGAACAGCACACGUAUUUUAAAUGGCUUUCCUCAGUCUAAUAACAGAUAAAAAUUAUAAUCAUUGUAAAUUCAGACCAGCAUACAAAUUCCUUGACUAUUUGUAGAUAAAUCUCCUGUCAAAACAGUUUGUUGAGUGGGACGUGUUGUUAACACAGAUUGAACAAGCUAUGGAAGUUAAACCAGCAGACUAG